AUGCAGGUCCUCUGUGGUCCUUCGUCACCGGAUGGUGGCGCCCGAAGCUCUUCGCCAUCGUCUCUUGGCGCUUUUCACUACCUUCCUUGCCUGCCCAUCUGCCGUGUCCACUUACCCGCAAUGCCCCGAGAGAACCCACAGAUUACGUUAGUGGUACUUCGAAGUCCACGCCUGGUUUUGCGGCGGCCUUGGGAAUCUUGGGAAUCUUGGGAUGCUGCAAAGAACAUUUAG